CAACAAAAUAAUUGGCCGUCCAUUUUGCGAGACUGGUACGGCUAUAAUCGACCGAAAAAGCACUUAUAACGAAACACAAUGACGAUAUAUACGACAGAGGUGAAAAAGAAAGAUUCGGACGAUGUCCCAGAAGUGAAAGCAGUGUUGAUAGUGGAUGCAGAGAAAGCAGAAGAAGUUGCAGCACCUCCACCACCAAGACCUCGUAGAAGAUCUGGUUUUUGCACCACCUGUGUGGUGUGUGUUUUAGCUUGUCUGAUGGUUGCCGGAGGCGUGAUUGGUGGCAUGUUUUUAUUUAAACAUUUCACAAGAGGCAAAUUCAUAGGACGUUGUGGAGUGAAUUACAAGAACCAUGAGCUAAUGAUUGAUGAUGCCAUUGCUAUUCCACAAUACGAGUCAUAUUCCCUUGGUCCCACUUAUGACAUGGAUGAAGAUGUAGAAAUUGAUUCAUCAGAACUGACAGAAACCAUCACAGUACCAUCAUUUGAUGACAACCACCCUGCAACUAUAUUACAUGACUUCACCAGUAAACUGUCAGCUUAUAAAGAUCUGCAGGAAAGAUAUUGCUAUGUGAUGGAACUCAACACUUCUGCCAUCUUGCCUCCAAGAAACUUCAUUGAUUUACUUCUUAAAGUGAGGGAUGGCUCCUACAUACCCAAAGCUGAUGUAGUCAAGCGUACAAUGGUUGUAUUAGAACCUGAAGUAAAAGAUUUAGACCAGUUUGGUCCAUUCAUUUCAUACCUCUGCAGUGAUGUACCCACAUAUAGACUAGUCAAAAUAACUGAUCUAAUUGGAGGGGGGCUGAUUGAAAAACGAAGUAUUGAUGGCAAAGAUGAGCUUGGCAGCAAAGAUGAACUGAAUUGCAAGAACACAGCUAAGAUUGGUUACUUUUCUGGCAAGUUUUUGAUCGAAGACUCAGUGUGCUGGCAGUAAAUAUCCCCUUUUCAUAUUUGGGGUGGACUUCCACCUAGCAGUUUUUCUACUUAUAUUAUACUCAAAUCAGUCAUUUUACCACCAAUACUACUAACUAGAAUGCCAUCAUAGACAAUGUAAUCAAGAUCCAUUUAUGACAUUAUUUUCUAGAUAUGAAAAAAUGAUCUGGGUUGUGAUAAAAAUAAAUCGUAGAUUGCAGCAGUUUUGACUUAUCUCUAGUUAGUUAAGUCUCUCAGUGAUAGGUCUGGAUCAAUCCUUAAGAAUAUUUAACUUGCAUAAUAUAAAAGAAUUUAACUUUAAUUAACCCAUUAUUACUGAGGAAAUGCAACAAUUAAUGAUUAAUUUAUGUAUAGAACUACUUGUGUAUAGCAAAUUAAAUCAAUGUCCUAGGAUUCAAAAAGUGUCACUGGUUCUCCUACUGUGUGUAUCUAUAGACCAUUACUUUCAUUAUCAAAUAUGCUGUGACUAUGAAGAUGAGGCAAAGCUAGUAGGAUGAAAUUGAAGUCUAUAAAAUAUCUUUGUUGUAAAAUGAUUUCAGAAAGUGAUGUUUAAGUACAUGAGCCAGCUGCCUUUGUAGUGAAGAGUAUGCUGCUGUUUAUACCUGUAUACAAAUGUACGGUAGACAGUAGACCAACUUGAUUUGAUGACACAACUGCAAAUAAACACUAGAAUGUUAUUUCAUAAGUUGGAAGAAAGAUUUUUAUCCUGUUAUAUUUUUUAAAUGUAAAUUUUAAUUGAGUAAUAAUCUUAUCAUGUUUGUAUCGCAUGUAAAAUGUUUUUAUAUAUGGCACAAGAAAGUGAUUAAAUACUGUUCGUAUCGAUGUACAAAGAUUGGUGUAUGCAAAUAAUAGAUUAAAAUGUUUUUGCGUUUAUU